AUGCACGCUAGCGCACUUGUCGGCCUUUUGGCUUUCGCGGCUGCGGCGUCAGCCAUUCCUUCCAACCCUCAUCAAGCUCAUUCGACUUCCUCAAUCCAUAAUCUCAAGUCCAAGAUUAAGAAUGUUGUUGUUCUCUGCAUGGAAAACCGCUCGCUUGACAACCUCCUUGGUGGUCAGACGAUCAAGGGCCUAGAGAACCCGAUCAACAACGGGCCUUUCUGCAACCCGUACAAUGUGACUGAUCCUUCCCAAGGGCAUCAUUGUACCGAGGCCAGAGAUUAUGACUCUGUUACCGAUGACCCCAGUCACGCAGUCACUGGCAAUACCAUGGAGUUCUAUAGUAACUGGACCCCGGACAAUUAUUUGAUUGCUGAGGGAAAGUUGCACCCCAACAACAAGGGGUUUAUCCACGAGCAGAUUCAUAACUAUGGCUCUUCUGCCAACAAAUCUGUUUUGGCUCACCAGGUCAUGAAUUACUACACCGAGGAUCAAGUUCCUGUUUUAACCUCCCUGGUCAAGAAUUAUCUGACAUUCAACCACUGGCACUCCGAUAUUGCAGGCCCUACCUGCCCCAAUCGUUUUGCCCUUGUCGCCGGUACGUCUGGUGGCCAUGGAAAGAACGAUGAUAGCUUCGGAACCUAUGCCUUCGAUCAGCGCUCGAUUUUCCAGCAGUUAGGAGAGACCAACCACACUUGGCUCAACUACUGGGACACGGCUGGUGGUACCGGCCCUGAAGCCGAGUGGUUCUCAUGGACUAAAUCCAGCAACAACACCGACAAGGUUGUGCCAAUCACUCAAUUCUACACCGAUGCCGCCAAGGGAGCGUUACCUGAAUUUUCCUACCUGAACCCUUCGUGCUGUGGCGUUGGAACCACCUCUAUGCACGACAGUGGUUUGAUUUCAGAUGGCGAGGCUUUCAUCAAAAAGGUCUAUGAGUCUCUUCGUUCCGGCCCCCAGUGGAAGGAGACUCUUUUCAUUCUCACCUUUGACGAGACUGGUGGAUUCCACGAUCAUGUCCCUCCUCCUCUUGCAACCCGCCCCGAUGAUCUGACCUACACUGAGAAGGCUGCAAAUGGAGAAGAGUAUACUUAUGAAUUUAACCGCCUGGGAGGCCGUAUUCCGACUCUUCUUAUCUCCCCCUGGGUUGGCCAGGGAUUUGUUGAGCAGAAGGGCACGAGCAACGAUGGUAAGACUGUCUCAUACUCGGCCAGCUCCCUUCUACGUACCCUUGGUUAUCUUUGGGAUUUUGAGCCAUUCACCCCUCGUGUUGAUGAUGCUGCAUCAUUCGAGCAUUUGGUCCAGAGCAGCCCUCGCAAGAACACCCCUGCCACGCUACCUAGCCCUGCUGCAUUUUAG